GGUGACUGAUAAGAAACUUCCAAUGCGGCUUUUACUAUGAAAUAUUUAGCCGUUUUUCCGUGAAACUUCCCGUUUGUCAUCGUUGAUCUUCAAUUUUUGGCCUACUCCUAGCUGUCUCCAAGUAUAUUUAUCUGUCUGUAAUGUUUUAGUGCCCUGGUGAAUUCAAACUUAAGGUUCCAAUGGCCCGUCCAAAAAAGCCACUCAUUCCAACUCUUCGACCGAAUGCGAAGAAGAGGCAAGAGUCAUCAACCUCUUCAAUAAGUAUUAUAACUAUCCUUAAAAUAUCUCUGGUUGUAGGAUUGGUAUCGUCUGCAUUAUGGAUUGUCUACAGAGGCUACUUGGAGACACGGGUCAACACCCGAUUUGACCAUAAUAAAAUGGUUGUUCGAUCUGGCUUAGACGUCCCCGAGCUCUACUGGGGCUCUUACCGCGGUGGCGUGUAUUUUGGAAUGAAAACCAGAGAGCCGAACUCACUGGUUACUGGCCUUAUGUGGUACUUUCCUUCACUUCUUCGUGCUGGCCACAAAGGAAUCAGGCAUUGGUGUGAAUCUGGUGACAAUCUUGAUGGUUACUCAUGGGUUGCCCAUGAUGGCAAAAACUUUGGCGUGCAGAACUUAAAUGAUGGUUCUUUUCACAUUGAAACAUCAUUUGUCAAGCGAGUCAUCGGUAAAAAUGGCGGAGACUGGACAAAUAGAAUCUCAAUUACUGCAGAGGAUAAAAUGGCUCAGAAUGAACAAGUAACGUUUUUGUACUACAUUGCCACUGAGGCAGAGGGUGACUCGAUAAUGUGGACCAAAGGCAAAACAUUUGGUUUUGAAGGCCGUUCGGAAAAAUUAGGUAAUUUCAAUGUUCGCCUGGUAAAUAUUUCAGGCAGUAUUGACUAUGUCUCAUUUUUAAGUGCCAAAACCAAUGGUUAUCAUGAGCUGACCAACACUGUUGUAGAAUCUUUGCGAUUGAAUGGCAAUCAAAUUGUACUGCUUGGUGAUACGUUAAAGCUGGAAAAUAAGCCUAACUUUAUCGUUUCGCAAAUAACAGCCAGAGUCCCUUUCAGUUUUGAGGUAAUUUAUGAGUCUCUAUCAGCAGACUCAGUGCGCACUGACUCUCUGAGCCAAGAAGUUUACACAAACACUCUGGAAAAUCACAAGAAAAAUUUUUUCACCAAGUUCGAGAAUAAAUUCAAGCUUUCCAAGAAAGGAUUCACCGAUGAAGAAAUGCUAUUCGCGGAGGCUGCUUUCAGUAAUCUUCUUGGAGGAGUCAGUUACUUCUACGGUGCCUCUAAAGUACAAUCCAAGUACACAGCCAAUCCUGUCCCUUAUUGGAAAGCCCCCCUAUACACAGCAGUGCCAUCACGCAGCUUUUUCCCUCGUGGAUUUUUAUGGGACGAAGGAUUCCACGGAUUUCUAAUCGCUGCUUGGGAUUUAGACAUAGAGUUGGAUAUCAUGAGCCAUUGGCUAGAUCUCAUGAACGUCGAAGGAUGGAUUCCGCGAGAACAAAUUCUCGGCAAAGAAGCUCUCAGUAAAGUGCCGGAGGAGUUUGUCGUUCAAUUCAACACGAACGCAAAUCCACCAACCUUUUUCCUAACACUGCAAUUUAUCCUGAAGCACUUCUCCGAAUCCAUUGUUAUCAAUGACGAUCGGCUUGCAGCUGUAGAGAGAUUAUACCCUCGGCUGGUUAGAUGGUUUGACUGGUUCAACACGACGCAAAACGGGGCAAUUUCAAGUUCAUACUACUGGCGCGGCAGAAAUGCUGAAACCAACCGAGAGUUGAACCCGAAGACUCUGUCCUCUGGUCUGGACGACUAUCCCCGUGCCUCGCAUCCCACUGAACUUGAGAGGCACCUUGAUCUGAGGUGCUGGUUGAUGAUCAGUGCUGGAGUCUUGGCCGAAAUUGCUGAUCUCCUAAAAAAACCUAACGACAAGUUCCUCAGUUGCUUCAACUAUCUGAGUAACAAUGACCUUCUAAACGAGCUGCACUGGUCAAAUGCAGCAAAAAGAUAUGCUGAUUAUGGUUUGCAUACAGAUGAUGUCGCUUUGAUGAAACCAAAAGCUCCUGCAAAAGCGACGGCACCACCGAAAGAAGCUCACCGAGUCGUAAAGAGCAAGCCAGUUUAUCAGUUUGUCGACAGCACAUACGGUUAUGUUACGCUAUUUCCAUUCCUAUCCCUGAUGCUAGAUCCUGAGUCCCAUACUUUAGGUGAAAUUCUAAGUGAAUUCAAGAACCCUGAACUUUUAUGGACUGAUUUUGGAUUGCGGUCGUUAUCGAAGACAUCUCCUCUUUACAUGAAACGCAACACAGAGCAUGAUCCUCCCUACUGGCGAGGCCCAAUUUGGAUUCAGAUGAAUUAUCUGGCUCUCAGAGCACUAUCUCAUUACAGUGAAUCUUCAGGACCUUAUGCUAGUCAAGCCAAGUCUCUCUACUCAGACUUGCGCAAAAACGUCAUUGGCAACAUGUUCAGACAAUUCAAGAAAACUGGUUUUAUUUGGGAGCAGUAUAACGAUGUCACCGGUGAGGGUCAAGGAUGUAGACCUUUCAAUGGAUGGUCAUCCUUGGUCGUCUUAAUGAUGGCCGAAAUUUACUAAUCUUGUUUCUGUUGAUCAGAUGGAUAACUUUUAAAACACCAUUGUGUUUCAUUGUUGGGGAUUGCCGAAAAUUUUCGUAGGGGGACAAGUCCUGUGUUUUGCAGGGUGUCUACUGUCAGUUAAAAUCGGAAAUUAUCAGAAAAUUUGUUGUCAAGAAAUUAUGAGGAAACUCGGACAUGAAUCAGAAAAUUCAAAUACGCAACCAUUUUUCAACUACAUGCAGUUUAGCACAUUCAAAAGUGAGCCAUUUGAUUCAAUUCAUUAAAAAUGUAAGUUUGUAAAAAUAAACUAAUAUCAGUUUACUCGCGCACAUGAUUAGGGAUAUUCACUCAAAAUAACAGGAAAAAUUAGGAAAAUCUAUAAUGAAAUUCCAAAACGUAGACACCCUGUAUAAACAAUUUGUUUAAGUGUGGUAGACCAAUAUGUCCCUUUACUCUCUAAAAUAAUAUCUGUUACGAUAUUCUCUAAAUUAAUUUAUUAGUGUCCUCCAUUCGAGGAGUAAAGCAUUGGAAGAGUUACUAUUUAUUUUUUUCUUUCUUGAGUCACCCAUUUUUCUACUCUAGAUACUGUAAAUUGGUGUUGUAAAUAAAAUUAAUUGGAUUUCACGUUAGUGCAAGUAUAUACGUAGUGUCACAUUCGUAGUUUGUGGAAAAUCUCAACUUGGAAACUCUCAUCAUCCCUCACAAACUUACCCCAGUAUCAGAGAAUUUAAUUAUGAUGAAAGAAUGUGACACUAAGCUCCGUUAAUUGACAGCUGAGUGGGAAUCUCACUACACUGCCAUUAAUUCAACUAGUAUUCAAUUUUUUUAAGUGAGCUGAUAUUUUUGUGCUACUAGGGAUACUUAUUUCUCUGUGAUAUUUUUGUUUUAUGUUGUGUAUUAUUUAAAAUUGCGUAGUAAAUAUAAUUAUUUCCUUACUGUGUAAGGAAUAAAUUUUGAAAGCACACCUGGGAAUUUCAGAAUUUGUUUCGAUAAGAUUCGAGUCUCCUGAGAAACUUGUGAAAUUGUUUCUUCUAAUUUUUUAGAGCAUUUUAUUGGAUUAACACAAAUCCUCCUACAAAUAGAUUUGCACGGAAAAAAAUGGAUUGCUGAUUUAACAAUCAAAUUGUUUAAAAAUGUGUCCAACAUGCUUCAAAUGUACAUUUAACCACGGGAGUGGUUUAAUUAGCAUUUGUUUAUUGUAAAAUCUACAUUGAAACAUGUCGGACACUUUUUAACCACAAAAUUUUUAAAUCAGCAAUUUCAUUUUUUUCCAUUUAAAUAAAAUAUUCAGAUGUCAAUUAUUUCUCGAGUGUACCAAAGAUUUAUGUAGGCAAUCUAUUGAAGAACCUGAAAAGAUGUUGAUUGUUGACUCGAUAAGGUUUGUUUCUAAGCCAAGUUUGUUGAAUUGUAUUCCAUUGCAGCAUCCAUACCAAAGCAUAAUCCUUUGUUAGCUGGGAUUUUUUUUAUGGUUCUAUUUCUGUCGUCCUAAGAAGCCAGUUUACUUGCUUACUGUGAUAAGAGUCAAUAAAAUACCAACAUCUUAAUUAACAAUUUUCCUUUGUUGUUUAAGAAUCUAUCUUCAUGUGUUGCUAUCUUAAUUUUUGGUGAGUGAAAUGAUACGCUAAACUUCGAUCAUGGAAGGGUGGGUUUUGGAUUGUGAAUUUCCUGAUGAUUGAAGUUUAGUGCUCUUAGUUUUAUGUUUCUUUUCUUUUUUAAAUUUUAGUUUCCCCUCCUUAUGUCUUGCCUCAACUUGAAUGAGAUAUUUUCGCCUUAAUACUACUAUGAACCUGGUAAAUCAUGCAAUCUGAGAUAUGUGUUUAUAGCAGUUAGGUACCUUUAAUUGUAAUUUUUAGUGAUUAGACAUGGCGGUAUAAAUCGAAAAAGAAGGAGAAAAAAUUUAGACCUUUGACAUAGCCUAGCCGCAUUAAACAAAGUAGGAAACGAAUUUUCAAUACUGCGUAUUGCUCUUGAAUUAAGUUUCAAAGUUGCUAUCGCGAACCUCAAGGAAUAGAAAAUUGAUGAAUACAAUUAAAGGAAGAGUCCUGUGCACUUGUGGAGUUGAAAUUGAAAAUAUUAAAUUAUUGCCUCUAUGCGGAACAUCUCAGUUUAGGUUGAAUGGUUUUCUAUUUUCAUCAGGUAUCAUACCUAUUGUAUGUACAAUUUUCCUCUGUUUUUGUUUGUCCAAAUUUUUGUUCAGUGGAAUUGAUUAGGCAAUGACCAUUCUGGAGGCCUGUUCUGCCGACAGUCCUGUGUGAUCUAAUUUCUUGAUAGUGAGAGAUUUGCGUCAAUCAUUAUAGAAUCAAGAUGUACAAGAAAAUAAAUGGCGUGAAAAUAAAACUGUUUAAAGCAAUAAAGAUAAGCUUGUAAUGCACUGUAGAUUAGCUUGUAAACAUAGAAGCGUCAUCAAAAAUGGUCAUUGUCUUAUCAGAACCAUUCAUUCAAAAUCAGGAUGGACAAUAAAGCAGAAAAAGUCAUGAGUAUAACCCUGUUUAGAUUGUUGCCAUCUUUGGGGCAGUAAUGUCAAUACUAGGAGUGAUGCAAGCCAUGUAUUAGAUUCACAAAGAAGUUCUUGUUUUUUUUGUUUUUUUCUUCUCGGUGGGUACCCCCUCAUUAUUUCCAAUUUAGUCAAGUAAGUUUUUUUUACACAUUUUUAGGUGAAAAUAAUUUGUAUUAACAUUUGAUGUAUGUGUUCGGAAUCUAUCAAAAAAGUUAGAAUAAUUUUCUUUCCUGAGAGUUAAAUGGAGAUUUCGCUGUUGAACACCUAACUAACUUUUUUGUCUUGAUUCUCUUGAAGGAAAAAUGUUCUCUGUAAAUCUCAGAGAUAUUUUUUAAAAAUUUUGUAACAACAACCGAGUGCUUGCAUGGCUCUUGUCAGUGCCCUCAAUUUUGGAAUGGCAAAUUUUAAAACCAGAGAUUUUGGACACAAAUACUCGUAUUGUAACAAUUCAAUGAGUUUUUUUUUCUUUUUUUCCUAAGUACUUCAUGCAUUUACUGUUCAGAAUUCCUUCAUUUAUACGCUGUUCUCACAGUAUAACUGCAUUUAAUGAUGCGCCCCUUUAAGAAUAUUCACUGAAAGUCAUCCAAAAAUUAUCUAUCAUUCUAUCAAUUUGUUCGUCUCCCACAUCAAUACAUAUGAGGUUUCAUAAAAUCAAUUUGAUGACUGAAGUAUCAAUUUAUUUUUUAUUGUAUUUUUUUAAUUUAAAAGCCUCCAGUAUAACACCAAAAGAACCGAGAAGCAAAGUUAGAUGAGGCUUAAAAGUUUUAGUGAUUUGAAAAUAAUAAUAAUAAAAAAAAUCGCUCUUAGUGUAAGCAAGAUGAUAGUAUUUGUACAUUCUUUUAAAUUAAUUUAGUGGUAGCAUAAUUUACUCAACUGAAAUUAAAAUAAAAGAGCGAUUACCAAGUUUUCGAAUCGCUAUGCAAGGUUUCUCUAAAAAAUGUUUCCUUCAUAAGCCGCAAGGUUAGCUUGCCUUCAGCUACUGGGGUACAAAAAAAAUCAGACAAUAUAUAGUAGAGCAAUCCGUAUAAUGUUGAUUCAUGAUUGAUCGUUACCAGUUUUGAAAUACAUAAGUCUAUUGUCAUGUUUGCAAUGAGCUGAUUAGACUAUUAGCCAUCUUUGGAAUGAGAAAUAGUCAUAUCUAGAACGGUGAUCCUGUCUCUUUUUCUAGGUCCAAGUCUGUCAUGAACUCUUGCAGAAAACUCCUCAUCCAAAAAAGAAAACACUUAGUAAUUUAAUCAAUUUUGCUAAAAUACUGUUUUUUUUUUUUUUUCAACCAAUCAAUCAGAUUCAUUAUGUCGGUGAAAGCUGAAUCUGAGCUAUCUGUUUUGAAAAAAUUACUGAGAAAUUUUCGAAAUACAGUCAAAAGUGUGAGAUCAUGGAAUGUAAUUUUACUUUGGUCAAAGCAGAAGCGUUAUUUAGCAUUCGAGGAGUUUUUACUCUAAUUUAGGAGGUUUUAAAGAGGUUCUUUUCUUAUUACGAAAAAAGUGGCGUAGUGAUAUUUUUGACGAAAAUGAAUUUGGUUUUUUCUACAAUAUUAAUCAUAAGAAACAAUCAAUAAUUCAGAGCAGUUUGGACCAAAUUCAGCAGAAGUGCAUAAAGUCGCAUUAAGUUUCAUCCGAGAAAUCGAGUUUUGAAGAAUCAUUCCUCCGUUCGACGCAAUAUCAAGGAGUAUGUUCAAUGACUAUUUUUAUCAAUAUUUUUUUUGUGUCUUUGAAUUUUUAACUAGAAAAAGUUUACAGCUAGUUUAAUUCAAAUCUACUCUCAACAAAUUUUUUCCUCUGAAAUGUGACGUUUAAACAUGACGUUAAAUGUGACGUCUAAUGGUAUGUUUCUGUCAAACUCGGUCGAUUCGUUGAACCCCCCAGAAUUUCUAAACUCAUGGUAAGAAUUCUCCUGAAUGUACAACUUAAAAAACUGCGGGGUUUAUUUUUGUAAAUGUCUUUUGUAUUAGAGACGAUCUACUAGUAAUCAUCUACCUACCAAAUUAACUAUAAGUUAGAGACCGAUUAAUGAAAUAAACAUAUUCAUGAACGUUUUCAA